AUGUGGAAGCUUGAAAUAAUAACCCCGAUUUACAAAUGUGUAAGCAGAAUUGAUCUCUCCAACUACCGCCUAAUAUCCCUACGUCCUAUACUCUCCAAAGUCAUGGAAUCCAUAGUUGCCGGUGCACUGGUGUGCUAUCUGAAAAACCGCAACCUCAUCACUCCUGAACAGCACAGUUUCCACCGACAGCGGCCAUGCACAACGAGUUUCCUAAUUGUAUGCAGUAGUUGGACCGAGUCAGUUAACAUUGGAGGAGGCGUUGAUGUGAUCUGGCAUUUUCGAAGGCUUUCGAUC